AAGAGAAGGAGAGAGAGAUUUGACAGGGCUGCUGGUCAGGCAGGAAGCAGAGGGUGGUUAGCUGAGCGGAACAUUAGAGGGGAAGCUGUUUUGCCCUUCUUUGUACUUUAUUCAUCUGCGUAGUAUCUCAGUUUAAAGUGGAACCGGCUACUGAAGGACAAAAACGAGAGCUAAGGAACUUUGUGGAGCUCCUAGGCAGGAAUUAAGGUAAUACUGAAUGCUUGAGUGGCAGACACUGGUGACUAAAACAAAAAUCCACUUCUAGUCAGAGCCUGUGAGGAGGGGUCGGAGAGGUGCUGUUGAAGUGUGAUAUGAGGUCAUGCUACAAGUUUGAGAUUUCAGAAGGUUGUCAGAAACCUGCGAUGGCAGCUUUGGCAAGUGUGGGGCCUGGAACUGGAAGAAGUACAGGUGAAGGGAGACUGUCCUGGCCAGUUUUCCUGCUGAUGCUCGCUGCCGUCACCUCUUCCUCUCUCUCAGCUUUGUCCUUGUACAAACUGGUGGCUGUCCAAGCUGAGCUAGAGGGGUUAAAGUCAGACUUCUGUUGCAAGAAAGAAGGGCAAGAGGUCAGGCACAGAAGCCAGAAUGACCACAUGAGUGGCAGAAGUAGUGCCCAAGUGUCCCUGCACAUGCCUGAGUCUGAAAACACAUCCAGGAUCAGGAAAGGGAGAAUGGUUCCGUCUGAAUCAGAAACAUUUGUUUCUCAGCCGUGUCUGCAGUUUCUGGCAAACAGCAAUGGGAAAACUUUCAAUAAAGAUUUUGACGCAGAGCAGCACACAGGUAUUCCCUGGCAGACUGGUUUGAUAAGAGGCUCUGCUCUGGAGGAAGAUGGGAACAAAAUGUUGGUCAGACAGGCAGGAUACUACUUUGUUUACAGCCAGGUCUACUACACAGACAGGACAUUUUUUGCUAUGGGUCAUGUGGUGAUAAGGUGGAAAAGGAAUGUCGUGGGAAAUGAGGCUCCGCAUGUGGUCCUGUUCCGCUGCAUCCAGAACAUGAGCCUCGAAUACCCUUUCAACACCUGCUACACAGGAGGUAUUGUGAAACUAGAGGUUGGGGACCACUUGGAGCUGCUGAUCCCUCGUCCCACGGCCAACGUGUCUUUAGAUGGAGAAGGCACCUUCAUGGGUGCUCUGAAGCUCGCAUAAAGUGUGUCACCACUUAACACGCAUCAUGCUGUUCUGGUGAACGGACAGUGAAAGGACAAUGAGGUGAAGUUAUGGUAUUUUGCCUGCAUUUGGAUGUUCUGACUCAAUAAACUGAGCACCCAACCACCAGCUUGGAUGGCCUGUGGUGACAUGAAGAGGUGGAUACAAUUAUGUUUGAGUGCUCACUCUAUAAAUACAUGCACCUUAUUGCUGUAUGAUCCUUGUGUUCAUCUCUGCAACAUGUCACAGUAAGAAGACUGUGUUGUUACCACAUAUCAGGACACAUGAAGAGUGACUGGUCAUGGAAGGUCUGAUUAUAUUUACAGAUAAAUACACAGAUCAGUAAUAUAGUACAAUAAUAAUACAAUAGUACAGAAUAUAGCUGUAAUACUUUCCUCCUGCAGCACAAGCAGCAUUAAACCAUUCAUAUCAUUCUAUCCUUUUUACGUGCUUUAUAUCGUAGUUACUGUGCAUAAACAUGAGUGGACUUCAUUUCUAUUAUCAUCUGAAUGUCAAGUCAUUUAAAUGUGCCUGUGUGUAUCUUAUUAAUAUGAAAAUUCAGAUGUAAUAAAGCAAUAAAUCCCGCACAAGCGAU